AUGGAAUCGAUAUGGUUGUUACUGCUGUUGUCAGUUUACAUGUUACCAGUGGGUACACAGUUUAAUGGAUACAACUGUGAUGCUAGUCAACAUAGCAGAUUUCCAGCGGAAAGAGAUAUCAGUGUCUACUGUGGCGUGCAGACAAUAACCAUGAAGAUAAACUUUUGCACAGUUCUCUUUUCCGGUUAUUCUGAAACAGACUUAUCACUUAAUGGGAAACAUGGAGAUGCUCAUUGCAGAGGCUUCAUAAACAAUAAUACCUUCCCUGCAGUGGUUAUUUUUACCAUCAACCUGAGCACCUUGGAAGCUUGUGCAAAUAACCUAGUGGUGUCAACUAUGCCUGGACUUAAUGCUUAUGGGAAUAUAUCAAUGGUUCAAAUAGGAAAUAUUUCAGGAUAUAUAGACACACCAGACCCACCUACAAUUAUUAGCUAUUUGCCUGGACUUUUGUACAAGUUUAGCUGCAGUUAUCCUUUGGAGUAUUUGGUCAACAACACUCAGCUUGCUUCAUCCUCAGCUGCUAUUUCUGUAAGAGAUGGGAAUGGUACAUUCAUCAGCACAUUGAAUUUACUUCUCUAUAAUGAUUCAACCUACAGCCAGCAAUUGCUAAUUCCUAGCACUGGAUUGCCAUUGAAAACAAAAAUAUAUGCAGCAGUGAGAGCAACCAACCUUGACGGACGGUGGAAUGUUUUAAUGGACUAUUGCUAUACAACACCUUCUGGUAAUCCAAAUGAUGACAUCAGAUAUGAUCUGUUCCUCAGCUGUGAUAAAGACCCGCAGACAACUAUUUUUGAAAAUGGCAAAAGUCAAAUGGGAAGAUUUUCCUUUGAAGUGUUCCGGUUCGUCAAACAUAAAAACCAGAAAAUGUCCACUGUUUUCUUGCACUGCGUAACCAAAUUAUGUAGAUCAGAUGACUGCCCAUAUUUAACACCUACGUGCCACAACAGGGAAAGAAGAGAUGUACAUAUAAAGACUACGCUUGCCCCACAAAUUCUUUCUGGAAAUGCUGUUGUAUCUGCUGGACCCAUUAUUACAAGAAGCGAUGAAACACCCACAAAUAACUCAGAACUUGCUCAGCCACAAAAUAUGCAAUUUCAGAUGAAUUCAAUUACCAGUGCACUUAUCUCAGGAGUAGUAAUCCUCGGUGUCACCAGCAUCUGCUUUUUUGUAAUCUCCCUUGCACUCCUGAACAGAAAUAAGAAAAACAGUUUGAUUUUAUGUGGAGUCCGAAACCAAGCUUUCAGUUCAUGA